GGGGAGGUAACGCUAACAAAGAUGGGGGAGAGAAGUCAUAAACACAACAAUGGCUAAAGAAGAGAAAAUGCUUGGAGUACCGAGUAUGUCAAGCUCCAUAGAUCGAAAUCACUGGACUCGGAUAGAAAAGAAGAACUGGACAGUCAUGCUUAUGUGUGGCACAGCCAUGUUGUAUGCUGCUAGAACCAUCAUGCCUGUCUGCAUUGUUGUGGUUGCAAAGGAAAUGAAUUGGGACAAAAGAGAAUCGGGUACAGUGCUAUCUGCAUUUUUCUGGGGUUACACUAUGACCCAAUUUAUUGGUGGAUAUGUCAGUGACCAUGUGGGUGGAGAGGUGGUCUUGUUUAUUUCUGCAUCUCUGUGGUCUGUUUUCACACUCUUCACUCCACCAGUAAUCAACAUAUCAGCUGUGAUGUACAAAUCUCUGUCAGCAGUGUUUGCAUUUAGGAUGAUGUUGGGAUUAUCACAAGGUGUUCACUUUCCCAGUAUAACAAGCUUAAUUUCACGAAAAGUUCAUGACCAUGAGAAAUCUUUGACAUUCAGUUUGAUUGGUACAGGUGCUCACUGUGGAACAUUGCUGAGUGGUAGCCUUGGAUCAUACCUAAUGGAAAAUUUUGGAUGGGAGACUCCUUUCUUCUUGUUUGGAUUUGGUGGGCUGCUUUGGACAUUUUGCUUACGUUACUGGUCACGAAAAAGUGAAAUUUACAAUGGCAAGACCUUAGAGCUGAUUGCUACUGAUGGUGAAAGUGGCAUCCAAGGAACAGUACAUGAAAAUGUUCCUUGGAAAACACUCUUCACAAAAGUACCUUUUUGGUCAUUGUUAGUGGCCAAUUACUGUCAGAGCAAUGCCUUCUACAUACUCCUAUCCUGGCUUCCAACAUUUUUCCAUGAAAACUUUCCAGAAGCCCGGAGCUGGGUGUUUAAUGUUGUGCCUUGGCUUGUGAUUGUGCCAUGUAACAUCACUGCAGGCUGGCUUGCAGACAAGCUCAUAAAGGGAGGGUACCAAGUGACAGCUGUCAGAAAAAUGUUGGUGUCAGUACUGUUUUGUGGCUGCUCGCUGUUCCUUUUACUCAUCUCAUUUGUGAGUGAUUACUACAGCACACUUCUGUGCAUGACACUGGCUGUUGCUUCAUGUGGUUUUUAUAGCAGCAGCCUCGCUAUCAAUCCUGUAGACAUUGCACCACGCCAUGCAGGUGCUGUAUUUGGCAUUAUGAAUAUGACAAGUGCAAUUCCUGGAUUUGUUGGAGUGUAUAUGGCUGGAUACAUCCUAGAAACUUCAAAAAGCUGGAGUGCAGUAUUCAACCAAACAGCAGCUAUUAAUAUAACUGGCUGGUUAGUCUUUCUCCUGUUGGGCACAGCCAGACCAAUCAUUUGAGGUUAUUAUAAAAUCGCCUUUUCAACGCUGAAGGGUGGUUGCUAUACAUCAGUUGAUGCAAAUGACGACACUGAAGCCUGCUAACUUAUUAAGUACAUAAAGUAAAACUCUGGAAAAUUCAUUUAUUUUGCCUUUGAAGUUUAAAAUGCAAGCAAAACAGAAUUUUUAUUUGGUAUUUGUCUGAUACAGCUGCCUAUACCUAGAAUGGUGGAAAGGAAUCAGUUGGCACAGCAAGAAAUUAUAGCACUAUAUGAAACUCUGUGCUAAGGGAGAUAGUCAUUGUGUACAUAGUCUCACUCCUUAGCAUUCUUUAUCAUUUGCAGAAAAUGCAAAUUUUGGCCAAGCAUUUGUUUCAUAGUUUCAUGGCAAAGUCUUGAGCAGUCAGAAAAAAAAGUAAUCAAUCUUGACAUCAUAGUCACAUUCUAAGUACAGUUCCAUGAAUUUCAAAGCCGUGUGAGUUCUCAGUUAAACAAUCAACUCUUUCCACAUCAUUCAUGAGCCUUUACACGGACGCAGUAUAUAAUUAAUACUUUUAUAACUUCUUUAAGCAACAUUGUGUAUGUGUAACACCAAAUCAGCUGUGGAAGGUUGAGUGGCGCUGUGGCAGUGUUGUGACUGUCAGGUUAAAGAUCCAACAUUUGACAGUUGCAGUGCCUACAUGGCAAAUGCUGUUACAUAAACAAAGAGAACUGACAAGCAGAACUAUAAAAUCUGCAGUAAUGCAGCAGGGCGGCUACAGCAUCCCAUCCAUAAAGUUUCAGUUGAUGCAUUCCGCCAUUAAGGUAUACCAAAGUAGUCGCAGUUCUAGUCUUAAAUGGACACCUUGAAUGGCAAAGUUCAUUUGUUAUUUCCCAUUUGAACUCAGAAACCUUAUGGGUAUAUUUGUUGUUGUUGACAAAGUUCAAUCAAAACUUUAUGUAGAGUUCACAGUCAGUGUGGUUAUGCUACUUGAGAACUACAACUUUAUUUGUUCUUCAAAGGCAGAUCAUGUUUGGUGACUGGAAUGGGGUAUAUGUAAAUGUGGUACUGUGUGUAGGGGAGGGUAGGGAAAGGAAAUGUGUGUGUCAGUGCAUGUGUCCAGACAUGCAAGUGUAAAUUAAUGUUUGUACAUAUAGAUCUUUAUUUAUUCUUCCCUUAUUAUUGCCAAAUGUAAACAAAAGUGUUUUGUUAUCUCGUCCUUGGUUUAAUGAUAUCUUGUUUAGUCAAAUGAUAUCUUCAUCAAUCAAUGUACAAACUUAAUAGUAAAGUCAGCAUUUUUUUAAAGAACUGUAACCAGGACUUUGAUUGACAGACUGCCUCCUAAACAUUUUAUCAAUGGACAGAAAUGGACACUUUACAAAAUAUAACUUUUAUGACAAAGUGUCAGUUCCUUAAAACUGUAGCAUACCAUAGUGCAGCAUGUGAAAUGUUAUAUGCCUAUGAAUAAGCGCAUCAGUAGCUUCUCUCAGUUAAACAUGACUUUCAUAAGUGCUUAAUGGCUUUAUCACUCACUCUCUUGAUCAGUCAGCCUCUCAUUUCUGAGAUUUGCUUUUGGGUUUGGGUGAAGGUAGAUGUCAAGUAUGAGUUAAGAUUUUGGUCAGGGUUAGGAUUGGGCAUAUAGGAAUUUAAAAAUCUCUGUUAAGGAAUGCUGUUCAGAGAGAUGCAGUCACCGAUCUUGAAGCAAUCCUUUUGGUGGUUUAUGACAGAGAUAAAAAACAUAAACUGUCAUUAUCGGACAUAUGUUUCCUAUAUUUAAAUUAAGAGGCAAUUUUUACAUUAACCUUUAGGGAAAAUUCACAUAAAGAUUGACAUCUAAAUUCUAACUUUUGAUGCAAUUGAAGGACGCAGUCCAUGUGAGAGUUUUGCACACCUGGUAAUAAGGUAUUGCCUUAAAAGGGAGCCAACUUUUGCAACAUUUCAGAACAUAAGAUUCUGACUUCAUUCCAAGACACAGACAAGAAUUUUAAGGUUCAAGGGCUUGCAUCUUGUGAAGAGAACCAAAUUAUUCUGUCAGAUUUAUAGAGCUUUGAAUAACCUUAAUAUGGUUUUGCCAUGACAUUUAGGUUCCUCUAAUUAUGAAAGUGGGUUUUAGACCAUUUUAAGAAGUAACUGAAAAUGUAGAGGAAGGAAAAUAUUCUAUCUUCUGAUAUAUCAAGGUAUAAUAGCAACAAAGUUGUUAUCUUAAAUUUGGGAUUUGUCAUGCUGCAGUAGUCUUGAUCCAGUCUUGUAAAAUUAAUAUUGCACAUCUUUGAAAAUACUGGAUUAAUGCAUAUUUUAGGAUCUUAAUUUUGGACUUGCCUCUGAUUCAAUGUUGCUCUGAAUAUAAUUUGAAUAUUUUGGUGGUUUUUUUUUUUAAAAAAAAUUUUAGUUGUAUCAUAAGGCAAUUGCAAACCAGAUUUUCAGUUUAUGAAAGGCCAUAAUUAAGAAAUUGACAAGAUAAUUUUUUAAAACCACAUUUUAGCAACUUAGUAUGAAUUAUAAUUGCCAUCAGUGUCUUUUCAAGUAACAGUGUUUUCAUUUGGAACUUAUGGCUUUGCUUAUUGGGCUAUAUACUGAAAAUGUUGAUGGAUAUGAUAAUCUCUCGUGACUUCCUCAUUUGCGUUUAUUUCAGCAUUAUUGGCAGUGCCAAGACUGUCAUCCAACCACUUGCUUGUUUUUAACAUUUACCAGUAUCAUCAAUCUUUACCAGUGUUGCCUCAAAGCUCCAUCUAAUUACUUAUUGAAACAUAUCUUGUACUUAAGUAUAAAAAAAAACUUUUGGUCAUUUGCACACAGAUGAUCUCCUUUUGCUUCAUGUGCUCAAAUGCCAAGCUUGCUCAUGAAUAUAGUCACAAUAUGGUUUUAAAAUUGUGUGUAACUAACCUUACUACAUGGUAUGGAGAUUGCAGAACAGGAAGGUUUUGUAUGCUAUACAGUACUUUACAUAUUUUGCAAAAACUUCUCAACCACAUUUUGCCUUGCACAUGGUGUUUGCAGGCAUGUGCUCUAACAUUUUAUCAGUGUAAACCCUAUGAAAUGUAUAUAUAUUUUUUAUUAUAUUUCUUUUUAUUGUAUAGUAUUUUUUACUUUCAUGUCUGAUCAGAUUUAAAAUCUGAAAAUCAUGUAUAUAUCCUAAACUCUGGUUAUUGAUGCUAAUUUGUGAUAGAGAAUGGUUAGAAAAAAAAAUGUGACAUAUCAGAUGAAUAUUGGCUGCACAAAUAUGUCUGUAUGCAUAUGCCCCUUCACAAACACUUUGCAGAUCCGUGGUGUAUGUGGCCAUGGGCUUUCUUAUGUGCUCAUACAUGACGUGUGUUCUAGUCCAUGUAUGUGUUUAUUUUGUUCUGGUGUUGUCACACAAGUGCAGUUGAGUAUAAUUUAUUCAUUCUUGCAUGCUGUGUCCUGAGAUGUUGUUUAUUGAAAUGUUCUCUUAUGUCUGUUGAUUGUGAUUUUUAAAAAAAAAUGUGAUUGUUUACUCACAUCUAGGAAGAUGUUUAAGAGUAUGGCAAAACAGUUUAAUUCUUCGUUCCUUCCACAUGCUAUGUGCCUGAUCAUCAAUGGUGAUUAUAAAACCACAUUAUUUUUUGAAGUUUUGGAAAGGGAAAGUUUGUUUGGUCCUAAAACACGGUCACACUAACUAGUAGCUCUAGAUACAAUAAAUGCAAAUGGUUCAAUAUAUCUUCUAUGACAUGUGGAAGAUGAAGCCCAACAUUCUUUUUUCACUUUCACCAAUUUCUGCGAGGCGGAGUUUUAUUAGCUAUAUGUCCAGGGAAGCUUUAAAACAGAUUUUCUACUAUAAGGUCAACACAUUACCAGGCUAUAGAUUUCCUAUGUUAUCAUAUUAAGUUGCAAUAUAUCCACAACAAAGGCUGAAAGGUUAAGUUAAUAACUUAUUUACUGUCACGACCAGAAAUAAUAAAGAAAAUGUGAUUGUAAUUAUUAUUAUUAUUUUUAAUUUUUUUAUGUGCUUUAUUCGGAAUCACAAUGAGGGAAACUGAAGAGUGUUAGGAUUUUUUGAACUUUAAAACUUUUUAUUUCAUACAACAGAUUGGAUAAGCACAGAUACAUAUGGUUAUUAUACUGGAAAAAGGAGCAUGGCUGGGGGAACAGAAAGUAUAUUAUCAUUUCCCUUCCGCUCCCUUCUUAUGCUUGCCCAAGAGACUACAAAUCUCUAGAUCUGAAAUAGACAGGAACACCUCCUCCACCAUCAGUUGACCCACUUGGUGAUUAAGAUCCCAUUCUACAUACCGUUGCUGCAUUGUUUUCCAGGUUUUCUUACUUUGUGGAGAAAGUGUCAUUGUGAUAUGAAAAAAAGUUGACUCCACAUUUUGUUGGAAUUAUAUGUGCAUUUCAUUGUUUAUUUGUUUUGUGAAAUAUUGUAUAUGCAUUGAUUUUGUCUACAUAAAUUUUGCACAAAUUAGCUUUUCUUGAAAAUUAAGGGCAUUUAAUUAUACAGAUAAUAAAGCCACCUAUGUAAGGAUAAGGUUUUGAAAGAGGAAAGAAUGAAGAAAUGUUAUGGAAAUGUAUCAAUUGAUAAAAAUAUUUCUUUAAAAUAACAACACACAGGAGAUCUGUUUUGUACUCACUGUCAUCUGAAAAGAGUUCUGGGUUCAAACAGAAUUCUUUACUGCAAAUCAUUGGCAGAUUGUUGGCCUUAUGUUUACCAUAAAUUCAUUAUUUAAAAUAAAAUAUUUCUUAAAACAGUUUUACUGUAAGCCAAUGGCCAUACCUGACACUUUUUGACAGCUUCAAGUUUUGCGCUUUCAUAACAGAGCUGUUUUCAGAUAAUUUUUUUUAAAUAUUCUAUUUCAUGGAAUCUGCUUAAAGAGAUUAGGCUUCAAAGUAAGUACUUAAAAUAUAUAUCAAUGUACAUGAAAGUGGUACCAAGCUUUCACAAGUAUUCAUAUAUCUUAUGACAUUUCAUCGAGAUUCUGUUAACAGGGUUUUUUUUUUUUUUUUCUACGACUGUUUUUGAGACCAGCAUCCAUCAUUAUUAUGUUUGUGUGUUUUUCUUUUUCGUUAAGAGCUUUGAACCCAAUUUGGGAAGAAGCGCUAUACAAAUCAACAUUUAUAAUUUAUGUGGAAGCUCAAUUCACCAUUUAUAUAACUGGGUUUAAUAAGGAUGUGUAAUAUAUUUAGAAGCCCUCAAACAUCACUUUUCCUGAUGCUGCCUGUGAGAAAGAGCAUGCAUUGAAUAUUCACACGUUUUAAAAGUGCAUACAAUGCUUGAGUGGCAUGUCGUCACUGGCAGUGCCAGCCAGAAAAUAUACAGCGUAAUAUGAUUGGUGGAAUGUACACUGGAGAGACAGUUUUGUGGCUAUGUGUAUGAGGAACACAUUUGUUUGAAUAAGUUGCAUCAUACUUCAGAUUGUUCAACUGUAACUUUUCCCACCUUCAAGUUCCUUUGAAUUCUUUUAGAUUUUAUAUUCAGAGUAUUUUUGUGCACACAUACACAAGUGUUAGAUGCAAAUAUAAGAGAAGAUAAGGGGGACAAAGCUACCUAGGGUCAAAGAUAAUGAAAACAUUUAAUACCUUCUGUACAUUUAAAAUGUUAAGCUUCUCAAUUUUCAGGCGUUGCAUUCUUAUCCCUGCAUUGGCAUCUACAUCAAUGCUUCUUAAACACUGCUGCUUUUUCAUCUGUUUCUCAGGAUUAAGUGGCAGAGUAUAGGAGAGUAUUGUUUAUGCUGCUUUGUUUUUCAGUACACAUUGAGCUCACUGCCAGCCAGGGAAAGGUGCUAUAAAAGUGCUUUUAAUUUUCUUAAUAGCGUAUAAUUUUAUUAGUGCUGUAAUUAUAUUUACCUAUCUUCUAAACAUCACCAGCAUAUGAGUAUAUUCUGGGUGAGAGCAACAGAUGAGAGUGAUGAAUGUGAAUGAUCUAGAUUCAGAAAAUUUAUUUUUAAAAGUUGAUGAAAUAUGUUUUUAAGUAUUUAUUCAAAAAUUGCACAAAUGUGUUAAAAAUAUAAACAACUUUUUUUAAAAACUGAUGUGUCAUCACACUUACAGAGCAGAUUAAUUUUCUUUCAUUUGAAAGGUUGUAUUGUUGAAAAAAGAUCAUUUUUCCAUGAAAUGUUUAUGUUUUAACAUUCUUGUUAAUUGAUAAUGGAGAAAAUGAUUGGCUCAUGUGAUACCAUUCAUUCUGGAUAAAAAUAAAAUUAAAAAAAAGUA